AUGACAGACAAAGGCUCGGUAUCGACUCUCGAACUCAAGGAGGUGAAGGAUGACCACACCGAUUCAACGGAGAGUGCACUCAGAUACUCAGCGUACGCCAACCGGAUCCGGACCAUUCUCACCGCCUCGCACAGGUACGUGGCGUACACUUCGGACGUGGGGGAGUCGUUCAGACCGGUGGCCCACCCGAAGCUCGUGACGUUCUGUUACGGAAUUUCGUGGUCCUACUUGAUUGGAGAUGUGGCGUACGAGUCGUGGAAGGCCCAGAUGCGCCAGGCGGGGACCUACAGGCCGGGCUUGAAGCCGUGGGAUCCAAAGCCAGAGGUGAGCACGCUUUUGCGGGACUCGUACGACGACUUGGACUGGAAGAUACUCGGCGUCAAGCGGGCCUUGUUCCAGAGCAUUGCCUCGAUGGGGUUGCCUGCGUUCACCAUCCACUCCACGGUCCGGUACUCCUCGGUCUUGUUCAAGAACUCUGCUAACAAGAACUUGAAGACGUUUGGUCCAGUCGCUCUCGGCUUGGGUGUUGUCCCCUUCUUGCCCUACUUGUUCGACAAGCCCGUCGAGGAGUUCAUGGACUGGGCAUUUGCCAGCACCUUCCCCUCGGUCAAGCAAAGCAAGAAGCUCCCAUAA